AUGUCAGCAUCGUCAUCAACCUUAUCUCCAUUCGACAUGACUGGUCUCGGGGCAGGAUUCGGGCUAUACAGGCCCCGCAGGCCAAGUUAUACAUACGCUACCCAGGCAGGUAGACAACGAACAGAGAGCUAUAGGUACGCCGUUAAGAAAAGUGCUGCAGAUGUUGAAGAGCAGACGGAUUUUAUAGAGGGGUACCUUACCAAGAGAGGACGAAAAGAAAGCUAUGUAAGAGCCACUAGGAGAGGGGACGAUGCCCUCGAGUUGAGAUCAGUUCUUGACAAUUGUUCUUCACCAAAACCCUCUAAAAACAACAUACUGAUGACAUCUGCUUCCCACGUGGAAGACAAUAUCAAAAACGACGAAAAACAGCAACAGCAACAACAGCAGCAGCACCACCACUACCAGCAGCAACAGCAGCAACAACAGCAACAACAACAAAAACAGCAACAGCAACAACAACACCUUAGAAUGAAUCACGCACCAAACAACCGGAUGACUGUUAGUCUAACCACUUCCGGUGGGGGAACUCCGGACCAUAUUGACGAGCUUAAGACGGCGAUUGCUUGUAGGUCUAAAAUUACAAAACCUAAACAGUCUGUUUACAAACUAAACGAUGACCUAAAUAUCCAGAGUCCAAGCUACAACAAAGGAGGAGGCGGUAAAAGGCUUCCAAUAACAGGCGAAAACCACAUUGUAUGUCAUGAUAAUACAAAGGAAAAUGUCGGGACUCCCUGCUCGGAAUUAAGUAGCACUGUACCAUCAAUUAUUGUUUUUACAUUCAAGAAAAAUUUAGUGUUUUUAUGCAUUAGUUUUAUCACACUGUUUUCCUCAUUCAGGGCUAUACAGAACCUGCAGAGCUCCAUCAACGACAAAGGAAACCUAGGCAUUAUUGCAAUGGCGGUUGUACACGGGACCAUGUUUUUAACGUGUUUGUGGGCACCGUCAAUCAUCAACAAAUUGUCUGCAAAGUGGUCUCUUGUUAUUGGGAUGUUGAGCUUUCUCACGUGGAUUGGAGCCAAUUUCUAUCCUACAUUUUACACACUUAUACCUACAGCUAUAUUUUCGGGAUGUGGUCAAGGAAUUCUUUGGACAGCAGAAAUUUCUUACAUUUUAAAACUAGCAUUUGAUUCUUCUCGUGUAAGUAGGGGCAAUGUAGACAGAGAGGUCCUUCGGUUUCACGGAAUAUUUCUAGCUUGCUUCCAAACAACACAUAUCUGGGGCAAUCUGAUUUCCUCGUUUGUGCUGAAUUUCUACAAGGAAGAGCCAAAACCGUUUUAUCCUGUGGAUCUUAUCGGAAACUUCACAGACAUGGAUAUGUACGGCGAAGAAGCAGGUGAAGAUGUCGCUGUUUUAAAAAGCUGUGGCGUCCUUCAUCCGUGUGGUAUCCCAGACUCCAGGAAAACUACAGGUUUGGACAAUUUCGACGUUUUAUGGAAGCUCAUGUGUGCCUACAUGGUAUUGGGAUUUCUUGGAUUUUGCCUUAUUUUCUUCUGCUUGGAUAGAAUUGGUGCCAAAGUUGACCCAGAGAAGACAAUCUUCGGGAUUAUUGACCAGCAUGUUUCCUUACUUGUCACCCAUAAGACCUUCCGGCUGUUGAUUCCCUUGUUGAUAUUCAGUGGACUCCAACAAGGCUUUAUAUUCGCCGAUUUUACAAAGUCAUACGUCACCUGUGCCCUAGGAAAGGAGUACAUAGGAUACUCCAUGAUCGUGAUGGGCGUGGCCAAUGUUGUAAGCUCCGUACUGGUAGCGCUGGUCGCCAAGAUGGUCCCACGGGAGGUGGUGUUUGGGUUCGGCGGGGUCAUACACAUGGCCAUCAUGAUUGGCUUUCUGAUCUGGAUUCCUAUGAACAAUUUAUUCAUCUAUUUCAUUUUAGCAGCAUCCUGGGGAUUCUGUGAUGCAGUUUGGCAGACACAGUGCAACACCCUAAUAUGUGUCACCUGUCCGGAAGAUGCGGAUAUAGCAUUUGCCAAUUACCGUCUGCUACAAAGUUUCGGAUUGGCGUUUUCGUUUUUGAGUGGGACCUUCAUGUGUGUUGCCGGGAAGCUUUACAUCCUCAUUAUCAUGUUAGUAGUGUCGGUUAUGUUCUACGUAUUGGCGGAGUACAAAGUCAGACAGGUGGACAAUGACGUGUUCGAGGAGCCUGCGCAAAACUGAUACACCGGAAGUACAAUGUAGCUACAACUCCACAUACCGACUCUCAGCGGAGGAAUAUGCAAUAUAUCUUAUGUAUAAAUGUGAUGUUCGUUUUAUACAAUUUAAUUGAUUGACGAUAUUUCCAUUCGUUUAAAUCAAUGCAGUAUUAUUACAUAGAUGAUAAUAUAUAAAAGAUAUCAUGUCUUGCAUACAUAUUACUUUGCAUGAGUCACGUCAUUGAAGGUUGUAGUUUUGCGUCAUUCUUCGCUAAUGAUUGAUCUGAUGAAGUUUAAUGUCAUGUGUAUUGGUAUGUGCGACACAACUUGUGUACACAAGAGACAUUUUCAAAUAUACCAGGUGAAUAAAUGUAAGUAGGUUCACUGUCUCCACUUACUGUACAGACUUACAGUCGAUCAUAUUUGUUCACAGUAAAUCCGUUUGUCGUAGUAAUGGAUAAGUUCUAAAACACUGAUGAUUAAGCCUUCGUAAGCUCCAGCAAACUGGAUGGUAUGGAUAUGAAAAUAUUAUGGUCGAGUUCAGUGUGAUAAACACACUACACGGGUUUAUAUCAGCAUAUUUCAUCUCCAAAAAAUACUUAAGUGAUAAAAUAUCGUGACGUCAGAUAGUGUUUCCUUGUUUUGGUUUUACUAAAUUUAUUUACGAAUACUUAAUUUUUGUGUUGACUAAUUGUGAUUAUUUAUUACUUUAUGUUGACUUAUGUGUUUAUGUAUUAUUUUGUUUUGACCAGAUAUGAUUAGAAAUUAUUACGUUUUAAUUAACUGUGAUAAGAUAUCAGUUUGUGUUGACUGUGAUUAAAAAAUACUUUGUUUGACUAAAUGGGAUUAGAAAUUAAUUGGUUUUGAC